AUGUUCUCCUUUGCUCAAAAGUCGCUUUGGCAGUUACCGUCCGACUCAGGACCGCCCAUUCCUCAACAGGAACUUGUCGACGAGGAGAUAUGUCCUGACUAUGACCCAGCAAAUUGUUACCCAGCAAAGCCCGGGGAAGUCCUGGCUGAGAAAUUCCAACUCCUGACCAAAAUUGGCUGGGGUUCACAAUCAACCGUGUGGCUCGCUCGGGACAUCUCAAGAUUCAAGUGGCAAUCAGAACAAACAGUGGCCUUGAAAAUAAUUAACAGUAAUGACGCCGAUGAUGCUCGGCAUGAGAAGGAGAUUGAGAGCCAUAUCACCCAGCAGAAUCCCGAGCAUCGUGGCCGCGUGAUUCUACGGACAUGUCUAGAUGACUUUGAGGUAACUGGCCCGCAAGGGAAGCACGUGUGUCUCGUAUACGAACCGAUGAGAGAGCCUCUCUGGAUUCUGCAGAGGCGUUUUAUCGAUCGAAAGCUUCCACUGCCCAUUGCAAAGGCCUAUAUCUACUUCCUCCUUGUUGGACUUGAUUAUCUCCAUUCAGAGUGCAAGGUUAUUCACGCGGAUCUAAAGCUCGGAAAUAUCCUCAUGAGCUUUGAAAACGAAAACAUUCUGACCAGGUUUAUUGAACGACUACAACCAAUGCAAUGCAAGGUUGACGGCGAGAGCGGUCGGAUUAUCUACCGCUGCCAUAAUGACUUCGGUGCUCUUGACGGGAGAGACAUCAAGAAUUUGAUUCCCAAAUUAGUUGAUUUCGGACUCGCAACUAGACUUGACAAGCCAUCUACUCGAGACGGGAUGGUAGGGCAGCAACUUGGCGUUUACCCUAUCCAGCCAGACUACUAUCGUGCUCCAGAGGUAAUCCUUGGCUGCGGCUGGGAUUUCAAGGCAGAUAUCUGGAAUUUUGGUGUACUGUUGUGGAAUAUCCUUGGGAGCAAGGAGUUAUUUCAGCAGGUGCAUGAUCCAGAAGGCCAUUAUGACGCAAAGUCACACCUCGCAGAAAUGAUUGCCCUACUCGGCCCACCCCCAGCGGAAUUGCUCGCGAAAUCCAAGGCCAUGUCGGAGCACAACUGGCCCCAGCCUGUCACGAACGACAGUGGCAAACUCUGCAAUAACGCCCAAGAAUUUUCUGGUGGGCCUUUCUUCAACACAGAAGGUGAAUUUCAACACGAUGAGUUGAUUCCGCCCCAGAGCUUAGAGGAUACAAUUCCAUUCCUCGAAGAGAAGGACCGAGAGGCAUUUUUAUCUUUUGUUCGACAAAUGCUCACCUGGCACCCAGAGAAGCGGAUGACAGCUCGCGAACUGAUGGACCAUCCGUUUCUCAAACUUAGACGUUAA